AUGGUGUCCGGGGACGAACUUGCGAACCUAAGAACUGGUUGCGGAAGUACCCCGUUACACAUUGCUGCUGAAGUGGGCAACACAGUGGCGGCGGACAUUAUGUGCCGUAAAAUGCCUCGAUUGCCCUACAUUCAAGAUUACAACGAGGAUUUUCCAGUGCAUACGGCCGCCAAAAACGAACAUGCGGCAAUAUUGCGGCUUUUGAUCGGUAUCACAACGGAGGAAGAACCAUAUCAAAAUAAGGGCGGCCUAAGACUUAUUUCGGACACGAUACAUGCUCAAUUUUUCGGCAUCGCGUUCAGUUUGGUUGAAAAGCACCCGUACUUGGCCACGUUGCAUGACCCCACUAUAGGGUCGGCUUUAUCGACAAUCGCGGGGAAGGAGUCCAUGCCCCUUGUGUAUUUAGGUGAUGGGGUAAUUGCUUACAACGAGGAGUCGCAUUCUUACCUUCAAAAUAAAGCUCGACUUCUUGUUGCACUCUUGUGCAAAAAUAUGGAAUCGAUGGAAUUCAACGAAGCUAUACAUAUUGCCCACCAUGCUGUAAUAUGUGCAACCAAAAUAGGGAAUCACGAGAUUGUGGAAAUGAUAAUCGAGGCAUUCCCCAAUGCUAUUUAUUCAUCGUACAUGGAAUCUUCCCCCAGAUCCAUAUUUCACCUGGCGGUUCUAAACCGUUGUGAGGAGGUCUUCAAAUUGUUGUAUCACAUGAAUGGCCAUAAGUUUGUAUAUUCGGACGUGGUGGAUAAUAGCGGGAACAACCUCUUGCACAUGGCAGCAAAAUUGGCACCAUCUCACAAACUCAAUCAAAUUUCAGGUGCAGCUCUCAAAAUGCAGAGGGAGAUACAGUGGUACCUGCUAGUUGAAAAACUCGUUGCUCGAAGUUCCAAAAUUCAAAUUAACAACAAAGGAAAAACUCCCAAGAUGGUUUUCACCGAGGAGCACAAGAAUUUGGAAGAAGAAGGUGCGAAAUGGAUGAAGGAGACGUCUCAAAAUUGUACGGUAGUAGCAUCCUUGAUUGCUACUUUCAUGUUCUCGUGUGCUUUCAUGGUACCGGGUGGCAACGAUGGGAAUACUGGCUUGCCUAUUUUCUACAGGCAAAGAAUGUUCUUUGGUGUCCGCAGCUUCCGGAGGUUGGCCCCGGUCUCCGGCAUCUCACCCACCACCUCCAUUGAGACUCUGAAAAUUCUCGAUGUGAAUAAGCAUUUCAUCAGCUUCCGUGCUUCCGUGUCCUCGACAACCAUCGAUUGA